AAACCGGAUGUGAGGUGGCUCCCAAGGAGCAAGCCAAAGAUAAACACGUAGACACACCAACAGGGGCCAGGGUUUGGUAAAUGUUACAGGGAGGGUAGUGUAGCAUGAUGGAAAUGGAGUAGCUGGCGACAAUUUGAAGAUUUUGGCACGUAAGGAGACAUUCGUCGCGUUAACGAAGGAGCAAGUCUUCCGCAGAAAUCGAGUAAUCGCAUCUGAGUCCAAAAUGGUGCGUGCAGCCUUGGUGACCGCCACUAGUCUGGCGCUGACUGGAGCUGUGGUGGCGCACGCUUACCUCCUCAAACACCAGUUCUACCCCACUGUGGUCUACCUCACCAAGAGCAGCCCCAGCAUGGCGGUGUUGUACAUUCAGGCGUUCGUGCUGGUGUUUCUGCUGGGAAAAUUCAUGAGGAAGGUCUUUUUUGGACAGCUAAGGGCUGCAGAAAUGGAGCACCUCAUCGAACGCUCCUGGUACGCGGUGACCGAGACGUGCCUGGCCUUCACUGUGUUCAGGGAUGAUUUCUCCCCUCGCUUCGUCGCCCUCUUCACCCUCCUGCUCUUCCUUAAGUGCUUCCACUGGCUGGCCGAGGACCGGGUGGACUUUAUGGAGCGAAGUCCAAACAUAUCCUGGGUUUUUCACUUGAGAGUUUUAUCUCUCAUGGGACUGCUGGCGGUCAUGGACUUCCUGUUUGUCAACCAUGCCUGUCACAGCAUCAUUACCAGAGGAGCUUCAGUCCAGCUAGUGUUUGGAUUUGAGUACGCCAUCCUGCUGACAAUGGUGCUGACCACAUUCAUCAAAUACAUCUUGCACACCAUUGACCUGCAGAGUGAGAACCCCUGGGACAACAAGGCCGUCUACAUGCUCUACACCGAGCUCUUCACAGGUUUCAUCAAAGUGCUGCUGUACAUCGCCUUCAUGACCAUCAUGAUAAAGGUUCACACCUUCCCCCUGUUUGCCAUCCGCCCCAUGUAUUUGGCUAUGAGGCAGUUCAAAAAAGCUGUAACGGAUGCUAUAAUGUCCCGGAGAGCCAUCCGCAACAUGAAUACACUGUAUCCUGAUGCUACUCCCGAAGACCUGCAGGCCUCGGACAACGUGUGCAUCAUCUGUCGGGAGGAAAUGGUCACUGGAGCCAAGAAGCUACCCUGUAAUCACAUUUUCCACUCCAGCUGCCUGCGCUCCUGGUUCCAGAGGCAGCAGACGUGUCCCACCUGUCGCAUGGACGUCCUCCGAGCAUCCAACAACAAUCAGGCUCCAGCUCCAGCCCAGGCUCCGCCCCCUGCCCCGGCAGCCCCCGCCAACGCCCCUGCAGCCCCGCCUCCUAAUGUGGCUCCAGGCAUGCUUCCAGGCUUUCCUCCUGGCAUCUUCCCCUUCUGGGGUCCCUUCCCCGCGGUGCCUCCUCCCGCCGCCGCCGCUGCACCUCCAGCUCCCGGCGCCACCGACGCUCCCCAGAGCAGCACAGAGGCGACGCAGGCGGCCGGCUCCACUCAGCCCACGUCAUCUACGACAGACUCCGCUACAGCAGCAGCAGCAGCAGCAGCAGCAGCGGCUGCAGCAGCUCCGGGAUCAGCAAUGCCGGGCUUCCCCUUCUCUUUCCCACCUCCUCCCUUCCCUACCGCACCAUGGCUGCCUAUGCCGCCACCUCCUCCCUUUGUGUCGUCGAUGCCCCCUCCCCCUCCGUCUCUGUCUCGGCUGUCGGAAGAGGAGCUGAGGGAGCUGGAGGCGGAGGGACGCCGGGGACUGGAGGCCAGACUUCAGUGUCUCCAAAACAUCCACACCCUGCUGGACGCCGCCAUGCUCAACAUCCACCACUACCUCAGCACCGUCGCCACGCUCACUCCUCCUCGGGCUGAGGCCAGCGCCGGAGAAGCCAGUGGAACAAACCACACUGCGUCUCCUCCUCCAGCCGCCAGUAAGAGUCCCAGUAAGGAGAAGGCCUCCUCCUCCACCUCCUCUGUCUCCGACGAAGCGAGUGGAGCCACCGUCUCCUCCCAACCCGCCGACUCCACCUCCGCCUCCUCGGACCCGGACAGAAAAGAGAAGAUGGACGACGGGGAGGUGGAGGACGAGGACGGGGAACCGAGCGCCGCCGAGCUGAGGCGCCGCCGCCUCCGCAAGCUGGAGACGUCGUCGUCCCCCCCGCCACCAGACAACUGAUCGUUCGCGUUCUGACUCGGGACAUAUCGCCGUGGACCGACGGGCACCCUGAGCUGACAUGUGGCUGCUUUGGUUCUUCAUUGCCUCUCUUCCUCGUGGCUGCUGCCUUCCUCUGGCUCAGGUAUCUUAAGUGUGUCGAGUUGGACUCAGGCCGUCGGAAGGCGCCUCUGGACUCUUUCUGUGUCAGGAAGCAAUAGCCCCCCCCCCCUUUUUUUUUAUGUUUUGAUUCCAACAUUUUUUUUCCCACUAAGAAGGACUUCAGUAAGAGAUGUACUACAGGUGUUUGUAAGUUUAAUCAGACUGCGGAGGAGUUCUCGUUUGAAACCCAGUCGAGGUUGAUCAGUGAAGGAGGUGUUUGGAUUUGUGUUUGCUCGUUUUUUUUUUCCUUUCGAUGACGUCUUUGUCUGCACUUUCUGUUUAACCCGGCGUACAGGUGUUCCCAUUCACCACAUCCACGUGUUACAUCGUUAACAGUGAACUCGGAAUCGAGAGAAUCCGGUCGACAAUUUCCGCUUUCUUUUCCUUUUUAAUGCGUCGCCGCUCUUCUGUUUUCCUGGGUUCUCAACGUGUUGCCACUGCAGACACUGUAACAUACUGAUUUAUUUGAAUGUGUACAUACUGUAUAAAGAGUUUUAAUAGGAGGAUCUGUACAUAAUGCAGAAUAAACUGACUGAAAUAGCAGCGGCACGGCACGGAUGUGGGUUUGAAUGUCGGCAGGCUCGCGCUGCGGAGGUGCCGUUGUGUUACAGUGUGAGGUUCGUUAAGUGUGAGCACCUUUCUUUGGGUUUUCUGUUGCUGUUAUAUUAAAAGUUGCUACUGAUCUAAAAGAACAACAAAAA